AUGUCGCUCAUCGAUGCGGACACAAAUACGUCCAAGCCUGAGUCAAACGAGGGAAAACACCUGAGUGACAACUUGACGCUGGCGUCAGUUAACGACUCGACCUCAGAGGUGGAGAAUUAUGACUCCAAACCGCUCGCAGCUCUGGACUACAUCGAUUUGCGGUUCGACUCGUCUUCGUCCAUCACCAUGAACACUCCGAUCCCUGUAGACCUGAAUUCGGGUCUUGAAAUGGGAAGUGUGGAUGGCCCGGAAACGUGUCUUCUAACACCCGUGACUCCCGUGAAAAAGACGUCUUCCUCUACCUUCAAGAGAUCCUUCACUAGACAGAAGCAAAUAAAGGAGCUAGUGAGCACAGAGGAGGUUUACGUCAAAUCUCUGAAAGUGCUGAAAGAGGUGUACGUUAGCUAUCUUGGAGCAAGCGAGCCGAUUCCGCUGUUCUUCGAGAAUUUCGCCAAGGUUGUCGAUAGUCUGCUGCAAGAACACACACGAUUGCUCAAAGGACUGGUCUCGCUAUACCACGAGUGGAUCAAAAGCGGAAACUCAGCGGAGACUUCCAGACUGUCCAUCCAUUCGCCUAUGUUUGAAACCCACGUCCCCGGAUCUGAAGAUCUGUGCUAUCUUGAAAAAAUCGUCGAUUGGAUCCACGACAACUGCAUCAGCGUCGCCACGUACAGUGCUUACUGCCAGCUUGUUCCAAGAGUCAUUGCCUUUGCAGAAGCUAAAAACGUUCAUCAGUACAACACAAGCUCAAUCGUGAUAUACAACGAUUACAUGGUGGAGCACCAGGACGUGGCAUCCAGCUAUUUUCUCCAGCAGCAACUGGACAUCAGGUUCAUCUCGCUGGUCCAGAUGCCCACGAACAGGAUCUCCAGAUACAGGCUGAUGGUGGACUCACUUUUGCAAAAAUCAAAAGGUGACAUUGACCCAAGAAUGAACGAGAAACUUGAAUUGUGUGUAAAGCAUAUCGCUGAUAAAUGCGCUCAGAUCAACAGCCAUGUGGGCAGAUACGAAAAAAUCGAGAAGGCCAGCCAGCAGCUCAAGAGCAUGAUGUGCAGUUCCCUCAAACGUAUAUCUGACGACCCUUACUUCUUCGACAAUAUGGGAGACAUCAUUAUGGUGGCAGCUUUUGCAACCGUCUGGAGCCACCAAGAAACCAUCAAGUACGAAUACUUUGGUUCCAUACUUUUCGACUCGCAUCUUGUUCUUGUUAGACCCUACAAACAUCGUCAGCUGGGAGUCAAGAUGAUUAUUCCCGUCUCGUCGAUCUUUAAUAUUCAGGACAGUGAUUUGGGGGCCAAAGGACUUCUUUUCACCAUUUAUCCCCACUGUUUCAAGAUCCAGUUUGAGUACAAUUUCAAGCAGUUUGAGGUCGUGGCCAUCUUACCAUCGGAGUCAGAGAAGCAGGUGUGGCUGGAGAAGCUUCGUGGGGCUUCAGCAAAAUGGCGCGUCGACAUUGGAAGCCAGGACUUUGCCUACUCCUUUUACAAACGAAAAUACAGGCUGCACAGAAGUGAACUUGAGAAGUUCAGGUUCAGAAGUUUCAUUCCUGAUGACAUCACAUCAUUCAGGGAGAAAAGCCACGGCCAGCUUUUUGCCCUUGAAGCGAGCGUUCGCCAAUUCUCCAUCAAUCACUACACUCUGUACCCGGACGAUUCUCUGCGCAGAGACCGCUUGUCCGGCCACAAUGUCGUGGUCACAGUCAAGCAAGAGGACAGAGUCAGAGUGGAAAAGAGUUUGGGCGAUCUGUGGGCGUCUGAGAUCCCAAAAACUACCGUCCCACUCACACGCAGCAUCUCCGACUUCAGUUUGCGCAAAAAACUGUCCAUCUCAAGUAUUUCCUCUCUCAGCAACCAAAAUUCUCAGUCCUCGUGUCCGCGUUCAACUUCGCUCAUGAGAGGAGGCCGGGGCAGCACGAGGCUUUCCACUUCCUCGUCCAUGCGCAACUUGGCACACACUUUAGGCAACAUGAGAUCUACAGACGAAAAGGACGAAGCCGUCUCCGCGGAUACAGAAACUUAUGCCGACCACACGAUUUCGGGGUCUGGCUCGAUCAGAAAAAGUUUCAGCUUUAAAAAACUAAUCAAAUCAUUAAGUGUGCAUUCGAAUAUGUCCGAACUCGAGGAUACAAAUUAA